AUGAUGGGAGCCUUCGUCUCCAGCAACAUGGGCACGGUUUCUGACCACUCGUGCGCGCUGGCCGGGGUGGAAGAGGACGAAGCAGUCAAAGUACGGGUCGUAGGGGGCAAAGUGACCGGUCCUGUGGAUGUUGUGGUAGUAGUCGACUAUGGUGCUAAUCUUCAUGGUCGGCCAGACGCGGUCCUCGACAACGGCGCCAUAUGGGUUGCUAGGGGUGCGAGGAGGGAGCGGAAACUCGUCGUCGCGGUUGAGCAUGCUCUCCGGCCCGAUCAUGAUGAGAUGAAGCCUCUGGCGUGGGAAAAGAUGUGCCAGCUGAACCCACACGUCACGGGGAAGCGAUGA